GCUGGCAAAAGGAACGACUUUUGCCCUCCCCCAACGAUUGUCGAUUUUGUCCACGACAAAUUCCUGCUUCGGGAAGUUCUCUCUUUGCAGGGCCAGCGAUAUAUCGAAGUACCUCGGAUACUUUCCUCACUCAUCCUAAAUACUGUCUAGCCACCAUGCCGCCAUCCAAGUGGGACGAAGAAGAGGAAGAGAGUGUUUCUCCUCCCCCUGUUGCUGCCCGCCGUCGAUUCGAUGACGAGGAAGAAGACGAUGUCCUCGACUCCUGGGAUGCCGCCGAAGACAGCGACGUAGAGCGUGAGAAGGCCGCCAAAGCCGCCGAAGCUAAAGCCAAAGCGGACGCCGAAGCCGCCGCCAACAAGAAGAGCAAGGCGCAGCGGAUAGCAGAGCACAAGAAGACGCGCCAGAAGGCCGCUGAGGAGGAUGAGGACGAGGAUAGUGACGAGGAUGAGGCCGAUAAGCGUGCUCGUCUGCGCGCAACCGAAAAGGACUCUGACCUCAAGCACGCUGAGGAUCUCUUUGGGGAUAUUGAUCUAAACCGCAACCGGGGCAAGAACAAGACCGUUGUUGUGAAUGAUGCUUCGGGUGAUCCGACACAGGCAGUAGAUUUGUCUGCCAUGUCGCUGUUCAAGCCGACGACUAAGGAUCAGUUUGCUAAAGUGACGAGCACGAUUGCGCCGCUUUUGGCUCUGCAAAGCAAGAAGCCUCAGUAUGCGCUUUGGUUGCCGGAGUUCACGAAGGCAUUAGCCAAAGAUUUGCCUAGUGGUGACAUCAAGAAGAUUGCUAGUACUUUGACGACAUUGAGUAAUGAGAAGAUGAAGGAGGAGCGAGCUGCUGACAAAGGAAGCAAGAAGACCAAGGCUGCGAAGACGAAGGUGUCGUUGGUUGCGCAGAGAGAGAACAAGAUUGAGACAUCUUCUUACGACGAUGAUGGUUUGGAUGACGAUGACUUUAUGUGAUUUCCUUUUGUUUUAUCUUCCUUCUUCUUUCGUGGUAUUUGCCCACAUACCUCCUGUUUUUUUUAUUUUUCCUCCGUUGAAAAUCUAGGUUAUAGAUCGACAAUUCUUCUCCUCCAUGUUUUCUAUAUCCUCCAAGUUGAACAUAUUCCUUGGCUUCCAGUGCGAACAUAUAGCACGAUUUCAGUCCAAUAGAACUUCUUUCAGUUUGUGAAUAACUGUAUUCUUGCAUUUGAAAGUUUAACCACUCAAAAAUGAUGAAAUAUGCUCCAUAGGAACAC